AUGCGCUUAAGCUGGUGGUGGGCACGGUCUGUCGGCGCAGUCAGGGAGCGCAAGGAUGAGCUCGCCGCCGUGCCACAGCAUUGCUUCCAGAGCGUCGCCCUCGUCGUCGGCUCCACCGGCAUAGUAGGCACCUCCCUCGUCGACAUCCUCCCGCUGCCGGACACCCCCAGCGGGCCAUGGAAGGUAUACGCGCUCUCCCGCCGUCCACCCCCGCCCUGGUCCGUGCCGUCAUCCUCCUCGCUGACACACGUACACGUCUAUGUCACCGACUCCGCCGCCGUCGCCGAGGCCCUGACGCCGCUCACCGACAUCACCCACGUCUUCUACGUCGCCUGGUCCCCGCGCGCUACCGAGGCGGAGAACCGGGAGGCCAACUCCGCCAUGCUCAGCAACGUGCUCUCCGUCGUCGUCCCCAACUGCCCCGCCCUCGCCCACGUCUCCCUCCAGACGGGCACCAAGCACUACCUGGGACCCUUCGAGCUCAUCGGCAAGAUCCCCACCCCGGACCCGCCCUACACCGAGGAUGUGCCGCGCCGGGACUGCCCGAACUUCUACUACGACCAAGAGGACAUCCUCUUCGACGCGGUCUCCCGGCGCGGCGGCGCCGUGAGCUGGUCCGUGCACCGCCCCAACCUCAUCCUCGGCUUCUCCUCACGGAGCGUCUUCAACGUCGUCUGCAGCCUCUGCGUGUACGCCGCCAUCUGCCGCAAGGAGGCGGUCGCGCUGCGCUGGCCGGGGUGCCUCGGCUCUUGGGAGGGCUUCAGCAAUGCCUCCGACGCGGACCUCAUCUCCGAGCAGCACAUCUGGGCGGCCGUCGACCCCAUGGCCAAGAAUCAGGCGUUCAACUGCAACAACGGAGACCUCUACAACUGGAAGACGCUGUGGCCGAUGCUUGCCGCGCGUUUCGGGCUGGAGUGGUCCGGGUACGACGGGGAGGAGAAGCAGUUCAAGGUGUCGGAGGCCAUGGCCGGGAAGGAGGCGGUGUGGGCAGAGAUUGUCAAGGAGAACGAGCUCGUGGAGACACGCCUCCACGACGUUGCCGAUUGGUGGCUUAUCGACGUCGUGGUCUAUGAGCACGGCGCCAAUUGGAAGCUUUUGGACAGCAUGAACAAGAGCAAGGAGCACGGGUUCCUCGGCUUCCGCGACACGGUGAAGUUGUUUAACACGUGGAUCGACAAGAUGAAGGCCUACAAGAUUGUUCCUUGA